AGGCGAACCGGGUCAGCGAGGCUGCGUUCCUCGUUCGACCCACGACUUCCUCCAACGACCACCUCUCCUAAGACCCCAUUUUCUGACCUAGCCGCCACGCCCAUCCCUCUCUCUUGCCGUGGGAGUAGCACAUCCCCCUUCCUCCCCUCCUCCAUCCACCCUCAUCAUCCCUUCCGUCACCUCCUUCUCCCUCCUCCCUUCCUUCUCCUAACCUCCUCCCUCCUCCAACCGCCACACGCGAGCUCUAGCCAGUUCAUCCACCCAGCCAUGGCGACUACAACUAGUGGCGCGCGAGGUCUUGCGGGUCUGCGCUCACGCCGGACGCGGGGCUGCAGUAGACGUGGGAGUUCGCCAACGAGCUGCUAUAGCUGCUCAACGGGAUGGAGGCUGAUCGCGUCAUACGCGCUAUGCGCCGCCUACUUAAUGGGUUGAGGAUGGGUCGGAAGCAUCCGCAACGUAUCAGGUAGGUAUCCUGGUGACACCACAAUAGUGCGUGGGACAUCGCUGAUUCCCCCUACCACACCCUCCCCUCACCUCCCCUCUCUUCGCUGCUGCCGGAGGUGUCGCCGGAAAAGGUCGCACGGCGUGGCGACGGCGGGGUGCCUGCUGGUCGUGGCCGUGGGAGGGAAAGCGGCACACUUCCCCUUCCUGCUACCGUGGUGGCACGCGGUGACGGCGGUCGGAGGCCCCGGCAGUGGAGGCGGGGCGAUUGGGAUCUUGUUUCGUUUGGGCCUGGAGCCCGAUCUCCUGUCCCCUGCGUGACAACGAUGGUCUGCGAUGCCUGCAUCACUUGGGCGUCGGAGCGGCGGUGGCCCCCUCCUUCUCCGCCGAAGGUGGGCAGCGAGAUGUGGUGGAUCUCGGGAUCCCAAGUCUUGCAGAAUAAAGAGCCAGGCGGCGGCCCUAACAUCUAGCUCCACUCCGCAUUUCCUCGAGAUCGGAUUAUUCCGCGAGUGCAAGCACAUAAUCUAGUUCGCCGGAGUUCAAUGGCGGACUGUCUUCUCGCCACCGGGCGUCCAAGGGCCCAAGUGGCUGAUGUGACCGGGGUAGGCAGUUGGGUGCCCGUUCGGCCCUGGGAUUUGGCCAUGGCGUUUCGCCUAUUGGCUGCCUGCAUGCUGAAUCCAGGGGGCCUCAGAGUGGCGCCAUCGUUGUUGCUGAUGGCGGAGGACAAUUGGCACUCCAUGAUCCACCUUGUGUCGGUCAAUGGCCUGGUCGGAGGUGGCUAGUAAAGGCGAGUAAAGGACAAAUGACAUAUGUGGUAAGCUGCAUUAGCGGUGUCUAGGGCCAAGGUGGAUGGAAGCACGCGUAUGUGUGUCUGCUAAAUCAGCAAUUUGCACCCUUAGCAGCAGUUCCUGCCAGAUGAUGGUGUUUAUCCGACUUCUUUUGCGCUGCUCAUGUAUCUCCGCGUCUCAUGUCCGGGGUGAUAACCCUAGGUCCAACCUUCAGUGGUUGUACCUGGCAAUGGUGGCUCCCGAGUCAUCUACUUGUUGAAGGCAUUGUCUGGAUUCUUGACCUUCUCCAGGGUGAAAACCCAGGAUCUGACCAUGUUGGUCAGACCGGAUGAUGAUGGUGUUCGUGCACUGUUUUCUUUAAGGCAUCGUUUUGGAGAAGCUUUCUAGGGCGCGUUCGGUUGCUCGCAUAUGGGCCAACCAGCCCCCCACACGAAGAAAACGGGCUGGUUUGGUUGCCUGCGUUCAUUAUUGGGCCCACAUCGCAUGAAGUUUAAUGCAGCUCUGGGCAUGUCUCCCAAGGCACACUCAGAUUGGCAGUUUCUCGGGAGCCAGGCCCUAUCGAGGCACGUGGGCCACGGGAGCUGCACACGAGGAGCCACCCUCGAGAAGUCGCAUUGCUUCCCGAAGCGCCGACAGUUAUUACCCUCACCUUCCCUCACUGCUCUCUCCCCUCUCCCCUCUCUCCACUCACCUACGGCGAGGGCGGCGUGCAGCAGAUCGGAGAACAACAAGUCGAUCGCCGGCCACCUUCACCAGAAUCUGCGGCGCAACACUUCGGCAAUGGAACAACGACUUUGCUGGGUUGGAAAGCUGGGGGGAUCCCACUCCUAGAGCAUCACCCUUUACUCUCAAGGAGCUGGGUGAUGCCUGGGUUGCUGCUGCAAAGCGCCAACUCAUUCGUAGGCCCAAGUCGCCGACCCGUGAGGAGCUGCUAAGGCGCCGGCAAGAGCAUGAUCGGAAGAGUUUGAUGAUAGCAUUGCGCGUCUAUGCUGAGGAACACAAUAUACAACCUGCUGAUCUUGAAUUAAUAGAAGUUAAAGAAAGAAAUCUAAUCGACGAGGAGGGAAAGGGUUAUGUCCAUUUCAACUUUGUUGUGAAAAUGCAACAUAAUCCAUCUAGUUUGUUCUUCGGGGAGGUGCAUCCGGACUGUAGAGAGGAGGAGGAUGUGUAUCUUUGCACUCCUCUGGAAGCUAAUGACUUGGGUGAUUGUUAUGGGUGCAAGGACCGUGCAAAAGAGCUUGUGCAUCCCACUAGCGUGGCUACUUGGGUGGGCACAUGGAUGUUCCCUUUCCCUUCAUUUACGAAAGCGCUGAAGAAAGCGAAAACGAGGCCUGAUUUCUCCUGGUUGACAUUAGUUUCUUGUGGACAUGAGUGUUAGUUGUAGUGUGACGUGCUAGUGGUUGUGUUUGACAAAAUACGGUGGUGCUAGUUCGUUUGACAAAAUGGGGUGGUGCUAGUAGUUAGUGGGUGUAAGGAAGGAUCCUCCUCACAAGGCUUCAAUAUGUUUUUUUUUCUCUCUUUGAUUUUGAACGCAGUUGUUCUACUCUGAGUAGAGAGGGAGGUAUACUGAUUUUUUUUUUACUGUAGAGAGGAAACUUUAUGACAAGGUGUUGCGAAGUUGUAAAAGACGGAUGAAUGUUUCCGGUACAUCUUGUUCACAGAAUUCUAGUUUCAGUGCUUAAAUUUCAGGGACGGUGUUGCAAGUUAAGGGGUUGGACCCUAGUAUAAUAUAUUACCUCCAUCUUAAA